AUGCUUAUACUACCCACAAUUACACUCUGUGCCCUGGCAACUGCUCCUUUGACAGCUGCGGCUCCGACUGAUGUUGGAUCCUCCAGCCCGCCACGCUCACUCGCACCUUUCACCUUUGAGCAAUGGGCUGAUGACAUUAUCACCAAUCCCACGGCCCAGCAUCUGUCUGCUAAAGAGGCGGCCGAAGCUUCGGUUAGGGCUCGCAAUAUCAUCGGUUGGCAGCCUAGUGUCCCUCACAAUGCUUCCGGCUCUGGAGACUUUGACGGGAAUCAAUUGAACAAGCGCGACAAAGUUUUCCUCAAGUCCAAGUCUUCGGAUAGCGGCAAGGUCAUUGACAUCAACACCGUUCGAUGCAAUAGCUUCCCCACAGACAUGGCACCGAUGGAGGACGCCGCCUGGUGCAUUCAGUGGCUAGCAAACCAAGCUGAAAACAGGUUUCUGCCGCUCAAAUGGCAAGACUUUCAUUCUCGGAUGGAGGAAAAACAAGCAAUCUCUGCACCAGUCAACUUGGAUUCUCCCGAACCACAGUCAGGAAAUUGCAAGAACCGCGGGAAGGAUCAUGGAUUACUGCACCAGCAGCGGAUUCGUACAAGGAGAAACGACUGCGUGGAAUGA